AUGGCUAGCAUCAUAGAGGCAUCUGCUGCUUUGAGAAAGCGGAAAAAUCUCAAGAGAGGCAUUAACUUCACGUUAAUGGUCGUUGGAGAGUCGGGAAGUGGCAGAUCAACUUUUGUCAACACGCUUUGCGGCCAGCAAGUGGUGGACGUUUCCACGACGGUUAUGUUACCAACAGAUGCGUCUACACAAAUCGAGCUGCAACUCAGAGAAGAAACGGUGGAAUUGGAAGACGACGAAGGUGUCAAAAUCCAGCUGAACAUCAUAGACACCCCAGGGUUUGGCGGAUCUCUGGACAACUCUCAAAACUUUAACGUGAUCUCGGACUACAUAAAACAUCAAUACGAUGAGAUUCUGCUAGAGGAAAGUCGUGUGAGAAGAAACCCACGUUUUAAGGAUGGAAGGGUGCAUUGCUGUCUUUACUUGGUUAACCCCACGGGACAUGGGCUCAAAGAAAUGGACGUGGAAUUCAUGAGAACGCUGGCUCCACUCGUGAAUGUGAUCCCGAUAAUCAGCAAAGCAGAUUCUUUGACCCCUGCGGAACUCAAACUCAACAAAAAGCUGAUCAUGGAAGACAUUGAUUAUUACCAUCUCCCCAUUUACAACUUCCCAUUCGAAGAAACGGAUAUUUCCGACGAAGACUAUGAAAACAACAUGCAUCUACGUUCUUUGAUGCCCUUUUCGGUGGUCGGAUCGAACGAGGUGUACGAUCUGGGCGAUGGCACCCUCAUCCGCGGCCGUCAGUACCCAUGGGGCACGCUGGACGUGGAGGAUUCUACUAUUUCUGAUUUUGUUCACCUAAGAAAUACGCUACUGAUCUCGCAUUUGCAUGACCUGAAGGACUACACCCAUGAGAUUCUGUAUGAGCGGUAUAGAACUGAGGCACUUUCCGGUGAGCCGUCUGCUCCCAGUUCGCGCGGAGCCCAUUUAGCGGCUCAUGAAAACGGCACUGCUUCCCCAGUGGCGUCCGGCAAGUCAUCAUUCCACGCUGCAGACCAUGAGUCUGCCACGUCGUCAUUGAAACAGUCCGCGGGAGGCCAGGACACGUACCUCGCGCGUGAAGAGCAGAUAAGACUUGAAGAAGAGAGGCUGAAAGCAUUCGAAGAGCGCGUUCAACAGGAGCUGCUUUUGAAAAGACAAGAACUUCUACAAAGGGAGCAAGAGCUAAGAGACAUAGAGGAAAGAAUUGAAAGAGAAGCAAAACAGAGGGCCGAGUCCGAGAGUCUUCAGUGA